CCGGAAGCGGAAGUAGAAUAGCCGCAUUAGCGUUUCCCCUGAUUUAACGGUCACUACUGAGGAAAGUGUUUGUCAUUUUUGUAAAUAAAUAUUUUAGUGUUAAGUUUCUCACAAUGCCGGAUUUGGCUGUAGAGAAAGUGGUCGUCCAUCCCCUGGUCCUGCUGAGUGUUGUAGACCAUUUUAACAGAAUUGGAAAAGUUGGGAGCCAGAAACGAGUCGUAGGUGUGCUGCUGGGUUCUUGGCACAAAAAGGUUCUCGAUGUGUCUAACAGCUUUGCAGUGCCUUUUGAUGAAGACGAUAAAGACGACUCGGUGUGGUUCCUGGACCACGAUUACCUGGAGAAUAUGUAUGGAAUGUUUAAGAAAGUCAAUGCCAGAGAACGAAUAGUUGGCUGGUACCACACUGGCCCCAAACUGCACAAGAACGACAUCGCAAUCAACGAGCUCAUGAAGCAGUACUGCGCAAACUCUGUUUUAGUGAUUAUCGAUGUGAAACCCAAAGACUUGGGCCUGCCAACUGAAGCCUACAUCUCUGUGGAGGAAGUGCAUGAUGACGGAACCCCGACGUCAAAAACAUUCGAGCACGUUACCAGUGAGAUCGGAGCCGAAGAGGCCGAGGAAGUCGGCGUCGAGCAUUUACUACGAGACAUCAAGGACACCACUGUAGGCACUUUGUCUCAGCGCAUCACUAACCAGGUCCACGGCCUCAAAGGUCUCAACUCCAAACUGUUAGAAAUCAAGAGCUACCUGGAGAAGGUCGCGACAGGAAAGCUACCCAUCAACCACCAGAUCAUCUACCAGCUGCAGGACGUCUUCAAUUUGUUACCAGACGUCAACUUGCAGGAGUUCAUAAAGUCCUUCUAUCUCAAGACCAACGACCAGAUGCUGGUGGUCUACCUGGCGUCGUUGAUCCGCUCCGUGGUGGCCCUCCACAACCUCAUCAACAACAAGAUAGCAAACCGCGACGCAGAGAAGAAAGAGGGCCAGGAGAAGGACGACAGCAAGAAGGAGAAGAAAGAAGACAAGGACAAGGACAAAGACAAGGACAAGGACAAGGCUGAUUCUGCAGCUAAGAAAGAAGACAAAAAAGAGAAGAAAUGAACUUUAUAUCCUGACAUGGACUGACACAAUCUUGGCUAAAAUGAGGAUGUUCUGGUUUCUUCUCUGUUCCUGCUUUUUUUUAGUCAAGUAUCAAAUCUCUCUUUUGAUAGAGAAACAUCGUUGUUUUGUUCGCCGUUCUUCGUUUUUUUUGUAUCCGUAUCUGCUCCCAUGUAAUAUCACUUAAAAUAAAAAAGUACAACACCCAAAAA